AUGGAGAGUUCUGGUAUCAGUCUACUAUAUGUCGUCUGUAUUACGACCAUCAGUCGAGCGUUUACCGGACGUCAACGUCACGUCUGCCUUGACAUACUAAGCACCGGAUACGGGAUAGCCGGUGUGUUCUACCCCUUUCUGUUGCCCAGACUUGUCGAGGUUUUCGGGCUCAUGGGAACCUUUCUUGUGCUCGGCGGUGUCUUCCUUAAUGUUUGGAUUAUAUCCAUACUCAUUUAUUGGAACCAGCCUAGAAAAAGGACGUCAGCAAUUCCAGACAAAACUAUUGACAAUGACAAUGAAAGUUGCAACAAGAAAGCGGCGAAUACAACCUCUACACCAAGAGCUUUAGUUUGGCAAAAGGUAGUGAAUGCUGCUCGGAAAGUAGUUCUUGAAAUGCGAGAAGUGUUGUUUCUUGAAAAUGUGCUCAAUAUGGUUGGAACGGGAUUAAAUAUGGCUGCUCAUAAUUCAUAUAUGACGUUGCAGCUUGACAUAGCUACAUGGCGCGGGUUGUCUAGUGAGGAGGGGCUGAACGUAAUAUCCGGUUUAGUUAUCGCCCUACUGAUCCAGAUUCCGGGACUCAGCUACUCAUCGUCCGCCCUUAUUGGUGUCUCCCUCGGUGGCAUCUUGGCGUCGUCCGUGAUUGGACUUAAGAUUGUCCGGCCGGAGCUGAUCUCGCUGGCAUCAGGGACGCUUAUUACAAUGAUUGGAUUGCUGACGGCCGCAUUUGGGCCUCUUUUGGGAUACUUUCGUGACAUCGCCAGUGACUACAACCUCGUUCUUUAUAUCACCAUCAGCAUACACGUACUGACUGUGAUUCUUUACAUCACAGCAUUCAUGACGAGGAGACCACGUGGCAAUGACGUCACAUUGUAUAUAACACCAGACACCACAAAGACUGAGGAUGACUGUUUAGAAAAUGAUAGCAAAUACUAA